AUGCAGCGUCUGGAUGCACUUUUCAACAACUUCUGGGAGAAGCUCCAGCAGCGCGCACAGCGCACCAUGACAAAGCGACAGGAUCCCAUGGACCCAAGAGAGAGGAGCUAUGGGCGGCCGGGCAAGAGGGGGACUCCCACGGGCGUAGCAUCAGACCAAAAGCUGACACUCACCCACCCCAGCCCACUCGGGCUGCAGGCCAAGAGGGCCCUGACCCGAAGGCGUCGGCCACAUAGGCAGAAACACAAGCGGCAAUCAACCUACAGACCUCCCGCCACCCCAUGA